AUGGCGACAGCAAAGACAGACAACCCGGCCCGCGAGCGUCGCCCCAGCAUGAGCGCCCCGCUCUCGGAUAUGGGACCGGUGGGCCCGGGGUUUAGUCGUCCGAAGCAUAAGAGGACGGUUACGGGGUUUGGACCGGGGGAGAUUAAGAGUGUUGAGGCUAGCAUUCCGGAACCGCAGCGGGCAGCGUGGAACAAAUAUGCACCGAAGCCCUUCGAGUCCGCGGAGGAGUUUGACAAAGAGGCCGUCAGGCACAUCGAGACGACUCUCGCUCGCUCCAUGUACAAUUGUGACGAGGCCGCCGCCUACGCGGGUACCGCCCUCGCUUUCCGGGACAGACUGGUCAUCGAUUGGAACAAGACGCAGCAGAACCAGACGUUUGCGGACCAGAAGCGUGUAUACUACCUCUCCUUGGAGUUCCUGAUGGGACGCGCCUUGGACAAUGCCAUGCUCAACGUUGGGCAGAAGGAGACCGCGAAGCAGGGUCUCUCCGACCUCGGUUUCCGCGUCGAAGACAUCAUCACGCAAGAGCACGAUGCCGCGCUGGGCAACGGCGGUCUCGGUCGCCUUGCAGCCUGCUUCCUGGACAGUCUUGCAUCACUCAACUACCCUGCUUGGGGCUACGGGCUGCGGUACAGAUACGGUAUCUUCAAGCAGGAGAUCAUCGAUGGGUACCAGGUCGAAGUGCCGGAUUACUGGCUGGACUUCAACCCCUGGGAGUUUGCGAGACACGACAUCACUGUGGACAUCCAGUUCUAUGGCUACGUCAAUAAGUACCAGGACGAUGAUGGCAAGCAGGUAUGCUCUUGGGAAGGUGGUGAGAUUGUGCAAGCCGUUGCUUUUGAUGUCCCGAUCCCCGGAUACGGCACCCCGACCACAAACAACUUGCGAUUGUGGGGCAGCAAGGCCGCCAGCGGAGAGUUCGACUUCCAGAAGUUCAACUCGGGCGAGUACGAGAGCUCUGUCGCAGAUCAACAGAGAGCGGAGACCAUCUCUGCAGUGCUGUAUCCCAAUGACAACCUCGAGCGUGGUAAGGAGCUACGUCUCAAGCAGCAGUACUUCUGGUGCGCCGCUUCGCUAUACGACAUUGUCCGCCGAUUCAAGAAGUCCAAGCGCCCCUGGAAGGACUUCCCGAACCAGGUCGCUAUCCAGCUGAACGACACCCACCCAACUCUCGCCAUUCCGGAGCUCCAACGUAUCCUCAUUGAUCAAGAGGGUCUUGAUUGGGACGAGGCAUGGAGCAUCGUCCAGAAGACCUUCGGCUACACUAAUCACACCGUGCUGCCGGAGGCUCUCGAGAAGUGGUCCGUACCGCUCAUUCAGCACCUCCUUCCGCGCCACCUCCAGAUCAUCUACGACAUCAACUUGAACUUCCUGCAGUACGUCGAGCGCAACAACCCGAAGGACCGAGAGAUGCUGGGCCGGGUGUCGAUCAUCGAGGAGUCCAACCCCAAGAUGGUCCGCAUGGCCUACCUCGCUGUCAUCGGCUCGCACAAAGUCAACGGUGUUGCCGAGCUCCACUCUGACCUGAUCAAGACGACAAUCUUCAAGGACUUCGUUAAGAUCUACGGGCCGGACAAGUUCGCCAACGUCACUAACGGCAUCACGCCUCGCCGCUGGCUGCACCAGGCUAACCCGCGAUUGUCCGAGCUGAUCGCCUCGAAGCUGGGCGGCUACGGCUUCUUGAAAGAUCUCACCCUCCUCCACAAGCUCGAGGCCUAUGUGGACGACAAGGACUUCCGCAAGGAGUUCCAAGAGAUCAAGUAUGCGAAUAAGGUCCGCCUCGCGAGACACAUCAAGGAGGUCACGGGCGUCAGCGUCAACCCGGCGGCGCUCUUCGAUAUCCAGGUCAAGCGUAUACACGAGUACAAGCGCCAACAGCUUAACAUCUUCGGCGUCAUCCACCGGUACCUUGCCAUCAAGAAGAUGUCGGCUGAGCAGAGGAAGAAGCUGGCGCCGAGGGUGUCCAUUUUCGGUGGCAAGGCCGCGCCGGGCUACUGGAUGGCCAAGACGGUAAUCCAUCUCGUCAACGAAGUCGGCCGCGUCAUCAACGCCGACAAAGACGUCGGCGACCUGCUCAAAGUAAUCUUCAUCGAAGACUACAACGUGUCCAAAGCGGAGAUCAUCUGCCCGGCCUCAGACAUCAGCGAGCACAUCUCGACCGCGGGCACGGAAGCCUCAGGCACCUCGAACAUGAAGUUCGUGCUCAACGGCGGCCUCAUCAUCGGCACCUGCGACGGGGCCAACAUCGAAAUCACGCGCGAGAUCGGCGAGAACAACAUCUUCCUGUUCGGCAACCUGGCCGAGGACGUCGACGAGCUGCGGCACGCGCACCUGUACGGCAACUUCCAGCUCGACGCGGAGCUGAGCAGCGUGUUCGACGCGAUCCGGAGCGGCAUGUUCGGCGACGCGGGACAGUUCUCCGCGCUCGUCAACGGCAUCGUCGAGCAUGGGGAUUACUAUCUCGUUUCGGACGACUUUGCGAGCUACUGCAAGACGCACGACAUGAUCGAUGAGGCGUACAAGGACCAGGAGGAGUGGGUCACCAAGUGCAUCACUGCGGUUGCGCGUAUGGGCUUCUUCUCCAGUGAUCGCUGCAUCGAUGAGUAUGCGGAGAUGAUCUGGAAUGUCGAACCGCUGCAGCCGAAGGUGGAUGGGGCGAAUGGCACGAAUGGGGCGUGA